AUGAUGGAGCAAGCCCCUCGGUCACAGCCUGUGGCAGUCCCUGAGUUCCCUGAUGACCUGGAGGCUCAGAUCCAACAGGCUCAAGACCAGCUAAGCAGGUUGAAAAGACAGCGUCAACUCAUUGAGAUCCAGCAGCAAGUGGCCGAUGAAGAAAGAGCUCUUGAAGAUGCUCGCAUCCGGUUGGUAGCUACCAUGAGCAAGGAGCCUACUCCUACACCUACACCGACGCAACCGGCCCCGAAGGCUACUGAAAAGAAUAAUUCUCCCCGUCGACCAGCUCCUCCAAUCCACACUCCCAAGAGGCCCGCCGCCGACCGCCGCGCGUCUGAAACAAAAGCUCAGGAAGAAAAUACCCCAGCCAAACCUAUCACAAACACUCUCUCGGCCUUGGCACUUGACCAAUUGCGAGCACUCGCUGCAGCAAGCAGAUCCCCCUCGGCAGCCAUCAAGACCGAGCCCACCACUCUCGUGCCCACCGCUACAGCCUUCCAACCCUCCUUCCAACAUGCCUCCGACCACAGCGUUGCCCCGCCGGUUCCAAACGUGCCGGUAUACAAUGGACGCGCUUUGGGGGAAUACAAAAACUACUCAAUGGGCCUCGAGCGCCACUUCGACAAAUAUCCCGAAUGGUAUAAUGACGACAAACGCAAGCUCAGUCGAGCUCUUAAGCACGUCACCCUCGGCCUGGAAGAUGAAUGGAAGCGACACACGCGUAACCUACCCAGUGACCAGGUCACCUAUGGCGCCUUCUGCACAUUCCUCAUCCACCAGCUGCAAAACGGAGUGUACCCCGAGGUCGCGAAAGCCCGCUACAAGGAUAGCUAUCAGCGACCCGCGCAGUCCGUGACUGAUUUCUCCAACUGGAUGCAGCAGUGGGAGCCCCAUUUCAACGAGAAGAUGUCCGAGCGCGAUCGCAUGCGCCAUCUCUUCGAGCAUCUACUGAAUAGGGUCCGCGACGAGGCCGAUAAGACUUACCUCGACUUCACAAACUAUCACGACUUUGUCACUUACCUGCAGAGAGUCGAGGACAACAUUGUUACCCGUGGCGACGUCCUCGGUCGUCGGGUAAACCCCAGAAAACGUCCCCGCAGCCACAGCUGA